UUCAGUAGCAAACACUUUCGUGAUAGGGUAGGUUAAUCACGACAAUUAGCGAGAGAAUCAGUCUCAAGAAUCACUUCCUCGUUAAAAACCACACUUCUAUUCUUGAACUACCUACAUUUUUAUCAAGCGAAAAAAAAAAAAAAUACCCCUCCCCCUCACCGCCAUAAUGGGGGACUCGGAAGACCUCAUUAACUUCGACGUCAUCGAGGGCCAAAAGGAGAACAUCCAGUCCCUGCCAGGUGGCCGCUCCGCAAAGAAGCUCGCCGGUCUCUUUGCGCCCUCGCCGAUGGGUAAGAGCCAGCCGCCGACGCCCAAUGACACAAACAACAUACACGACUGCAUCCGCGCAGAAUACGAGGCCGAGCUCGCCAACGCUGCCGACCUCGACGACCCGCUGGACGUCUACGACCGUUACGUCCGCUGGACACUAGAUGCAUACCCCUCGGCUCAAGCGACGGCCCAGUCGCAGCUGCAUGUGCUGCUCGAGCGCGCAACCAAGGCCUUCAUCGGCUCGUCACAGUACAAAAACGACCCCCGCUAUCUGAAGCUGUGGCUUUACUACAUUAAAUUCUUCUCCGACGCGCCGCGGGAGACUUUCCUAUACGUAUCGCGCCACGGAAUCGGAGAGGGUCUCGCUCUCUUCUACGAAGAGUAUGCUGCUUGGUUAGAGGGCGCAGGACGCUGGAACCAGGCCGAGGAGGUGUACAAGCUGGGCAUCGAGCGGGACGCCCGCCCUCAACAGCGCUUGGUGCGCAAGCUGGGAGAGUUUGAGCAACGCCGUGCGCAACAGGCGGGCGACGAGGACGACGCGCCUUCUUCACCUGCAUUGCCAACCAUGCGACCCGCACUUGCUGCCAAGAUGGACCCAUUUGGAUCGUCUUCAGCACCCAGUGAUCCUCAAGCAGCGCAGAGGCAAGGCGCAGCGGCCAGCAGCAGUCGGUCAUCCAAACCGGCCAAGUCUAAGCUGGCGAUUUUCUCAGAUGCCGAUGCAACACCGCCGCCCGCACUGGGCUCGCGUGAGGCAGGUCCCCAGGGUUGGGAUACUAUCGACUCGCUGGCUCACCGCAAGAAGGAGAACGUGAUGGAGCCCAAGUCAUGGGUGGGAGAGACACUCAAGACGGGGUCGAGGAAACCCAGCGGGCCCAAGAUGGCUGUGUUCAGGGAUACGUCGUUAUUGAUGAAAUCCCAUAUACCAAUUGAUGCCUCUCAACAUCAAGUGACCGUGGACCCUCGAGCUGGCAAGAGGCAACGCAUAGUGUUCGACCUCCGAGUUUUGUAUCCCACCCCUGAGAUUCCCGGGUCUGAGUUGAGUUUCGAGGAAGUGCUCUUGGCGAGGGCUGGAUGGCUAGAUGAAAGGCCAGAGACGCCACCGUCUGUCGAAAGAAAAGUGCCUCUGAGGAACGAGAAUCACCGACCCUCCCCUGUAACCUCUCAAGUUGACCUACACGACGAGAACGCUCCACAAAAGCUAGUGAUCCAUCGUGACACGACAAGACCCUCCCCUUCGGUUGAAAGAAAGGUACCCUUAAAGGGUGAACAUCACCGAUCUUCCCCUGUGCCCUCACAAGUCGACCUACUCGACGAAAAUGCUCCACAGAAGCUGGUGAUCCAUCGCGACACAACAAUACCCCUUGAUGAAAAUGGAGCACCCGUCAAGCCAAUAUCCAAAGAAGGAAAACCGAGGAAAAAGAAAGUAAUGGAGGUUAACGAAACACAAAUAAUCAAGGCGAAGCUGGACUCGCCGUCACGACCAAAGCUGCUCAAGAGGAAAGGUACCUCUGAGCCGACGAUGACCAUGCAUACCCGGGCUGCAACGGACGAUAUUUAUGACAUAUUCAACGCGCCAAUCAAACCCCCUACCCAGGAUGAAGAGGAAGGCAGUGCAGAUGAGGAAGACUACGAUACCGAUGGUGACUAUACCAGCGGGGCAGAGAGUGGCAACACCACGAGAGCGAUCAGUGAAGCAGGGGAUGAUGACGAAGAUGAUGAUGACGCGGCUGAAGAAGAUGAGGCCAUCGAUGCCGAUGACACAGCCGACGACAAGAGCGUCAGCGAAUGGUCUGACUUUACUGCUCGAAAACAUAUACCUAAUCUGGAUGACAUUGGUGCAGAAGACCAAGAUGUUACUAGGGCAUCCAACUUUACAGAGGAACCUAGCCCGGAACUUCAUCCGGAAGACGACGAAAACCUGCAGCUGGAAACACCAUUAGAAGAUGACGAUGACCCUCGAACCAGGACCACCUUCGUGCCCAUCCCGCCAGAAGACUACGUCCCCGAGCGCCGCACAUAUCGCGAUCCUGUCGAGAUGGCUAAUAACCGUCUGCCGUUCAUGACGCCCAUCACCGAGCGGACAGAGACUGACAUCAACAUGGGCUCCGGCGGUGGAAACCGUUCUGCAUUCACAAAGACGCCUAGUAGGUGUCGGCGUACUUUCCCAGAGACUAGCGAUGAUGAAGAUGAGGAUGGGGAUGCCGAGCCCCCAAGCAGUCCUUUACGAGACAUUAUGGAGGAUGAGCCGGCACCUCCGAGGAAGGCUCUGCAACCAAUUGUGCCCAAGGUCGUGGGCAGAGCGGCGCUUCAACCAAAGAGCAUACCAACCAAGGGGCCAAUCAUUGCAGAUUUGCAAUGCAAUCCAGUAGAGGAGUCUGUCAGGGCUGAGAUCCUGUCCAAGGCCAGCCCGGCACUCACUUCACAACCACGAUAUUACGACCACAGGCCUGGCAAAUAUGAAAGGGGCGCAGAGAUUCGCAAAUACACCAAGGCUCUUAGCAAAGCCAAAGCAAGCGGAGACAAGACCAGCAGCCUACCACCACCUCCAACAAUUGAGUUUCCCGGCUGCGAAAUGAAGUAUAUGGUCAAGAAGGAGCUCGGAAAGGGCGCAUUUGCCCCUGUAUUUCUGGUGGAGAACUCAGCCCCUGACGCUGCAGAGCCUCAGGAUGAAAACGCCAUAGAAAUGGGCAAGGGAGCGUUCGCGACAGCGCACAGCCAGCGGAGACAUCUCGAGGCGCUAAAGAUGGAAACUCCCCCAUCCGCAUGGGAGUUCCACAUGAUGCGCCUGGCCCACGAUCGACUGGGCCCACAGCACCGCGCCGUGGCCUCGCUCUCGGCAGCGCUCGAGUUCCACCUCUACCAGGACGAGGGCUUCCUCAUGCUGCCCUUUCACCCGCACGGCACGCUCCUCGACGUGGUGAACUUCUUCCGCGCCGAGCCGUCUGGCGUCAUGGACGAGACGCUGGCCAUGUUCUUCAGCAUCGAGCUCCUCCGCACCGCCGAGGCCCUGCACUCCAAGGGCCUGCUGCACGGCGACCUCAAGGCCGACAACUGCCUCCUCCGCCUCGACGGGCCUUCGACCGCCUCGGACCCCAGCGCCGGCGCCCAGCUCAGCUCGCAGUGGCGCGCCGACGGCAGCGGCGGCUGGUCCUCGCGCGGCGUCACCCUCAUCGACUUUGGCCGCGGCAUAGACAUGCGCGCCUUCCGACCCGACGUCCAGUUCGUUGCCGACUGGAAGACGUCGCCCCAGGACUGCGCCGAGAUGCGCGAGGGUAGGCCCUGGACCUGGCAGAUCGACUGCCACGGGCUCGCCGGCACCAUCCACUGCCUCUUGUUUGGCAAGUACAUCGAGACGGUUCGCUGCGACGCCAACAUGCCCGGCACCGGCGGCAGGCGGUACAAGGUCCGCGAGAGCCUCAAGCGCUACUGGCAGACCGACAUUUGGGGCGACUGCUUCGACCUGCUGCUCAACCCGGCCGCGCACGUCGACGCAGAGGACGGAGCGAAGAUGCCCGUACUCAGGAGCAUGAAGAGCGUCAGGGAGCGAAUGGAGGCCUGGCUGGAGGGCAACUGCGAGAGGGGUGUGGGCUUGAAGAGCUUGAUGGGCAAGGUUGAGGCUUGGGCAAAGGGGAGGAGGUGA